GGAAAGAAGAGGAGAUUCUAGUUAAUUUAAACAAAUUAAAACCAAAUUAAUUGUGACAUAUAUGAUUUAUUUUUGUAGUUGUUGCUGUUGUUGUGACAGAGAGGCGAAUCGUUUCGAUAACAUGGCAGCGAUGACGUCACGCGCCACGCAGCUGGGACAGCAACAAAAACAAUUGGAUUUGAACCGGCAAGAACUGAAUAUUUUGGCAUUAUUAUUAAAAAUUCAGUAUUUUGGCAUUGGCGCGGGCCAAGAUACACUCAUACACGCAAUUAGCACACACACGCACACCGCAAGUGCGAGCGAGAUAGCAAGCACUUACUCAUGCGAGCGGAGAAGAAAAGCAAAAACAAAAUAAACGAAACUGAGAGAAUUCUGCAAUAUCAUAUUCGGAUGUGGAUGUGAUUGUUAUAUUUUGUUAUUAGUUCAGCGACGCCACUCGUCGUCACCCGUAAACGAUGUCCGAAGAUGCCAAGAGUCCAGGACCACGCACACGGAACAUCAUCGAGAAUCAGCUGUUCCGCCGGCAGCGUAGCCUAAAAUUGGAGGCACUGCAGCGCCAGCGGACCUUGGAUUCCAACGAUGGGGUGGAGGGAUUGGGCGCAGAUACGGAACCCUUCGACAAGACGCACAUCGUCAUCAUCUUUACGGAGAAGGCCAAGCUAAGACACUGUCAGGAUGUGGAGAAGAUCAUUCAGGAGUUUGGCAUCCAGACCACGCUGGAGAUCGUAGGGAAAACCGAAAAGUAUCUCUACCUAUCGGCCAGCGUGGAUACUCUGCUCCGUUUGGCCGAUGCCGCCGAGCUGGAGAAGAUGACCACCACGCACAGCAUGCAAAAGUUCAAUCACGGCUGCAUCUCGGACUUUCUACUGCCCGGGAUGGGCAAAGAGCAGAUCCUGCGCUACUGCGAGAUACCUGUUCUCAUCAAGGACGUAAUCCAGGACGGCAUUAAGUCCUACGUGCAAAAGGGCUACAUAGAGGAUAUGUUUCCCCUCCACGAUAUCCUGUAUCUCGAACGCUUCAACUGGAACCUGAAACGCACCAAGCUGCCCAUCGAGGACAUCCGGAACUACUUUGGUUCCAGUAUAGGUCUUUAUUUCGGCUUCAUCGAGUUCUACACGAAGGCACUGAUCUUUCCCUCCCUUUUUGGUAUACUCCAAUAUGUAUUCGAUCUGAACAUCUCGCUGGUCUGCAGUUUCUACGUUGUUUGGACCACGAUUUUCCUGGAGUUGUGGAAGCGUAAGUGUGCCGGCUACUCGUAUCGAUGGGGCACCAUUGAGAUGAGCAGCCUGGACAAGCCGCGAUCCGCAUAUACGGGCCAAUUGAAACCGGACCCCAUCACCGGCAAGAUGACACUCCACUAUCCGAUGCGGUACACAUACCUGCAGAUGUACUGCAUCUCGUAUCCGGUGGUGCUGGGCUGUGUGGUUGCCGCCGGCUGGUUUGCCCUCUACCAGUUUCAGAUCGAAGCCGAGGUGCUGGCGGAUUUCGGACCAGACUCCUGGCUGCUGUACGUGCCGGUUAUUGUGCAGUCGGUGCUGAUUGCGAUCUUUUCGUGGGCAUACGAAAAGCUGGCCACAUUCCUCACCAACCUGGAGAACCAUCGAACUCGAUCGCAGUACGAUCGUCAUCGGGUCAAUAAGCUGAUGCUCUUCGAGAUCGUGAAUAACUUCUUCUCGCAGUUCUAUAUUGCCUUCGUGCUGCACGAUCUGCGCCAGCUGAAGUACCAGUUGAUGAUGCAACUGCUGGUCUUCCAGCUGCUGUGCAUCGCCCAGGAGAUUGGUAUACCGCUGCUGGCGGUGCUGCGCCAGAAGUACGCCGAGUUCCGUCAUCGCGAGGUGGCCGAGGAGAAGCUGCGAUCCAUCAGUGAUCUGCCGCGCUACGAGCAAUCGUUCUACGAAUCCGGACUAGAUGAAUAUCAUUCCACGUACGAGGACUACCUGCAGGUAUGCAUCCAGUUUGGAUUCGUGGUCCUGUUUGCCGCCGUUGCCCCAUUUGCCGCCAUUGGAGCUCUGCUGAACAACGUCUUUGCGGUGCACAUUGAUAUGUGGAAGCUGUGCAACAUCUUUAAGCGACCAUUUGCAAGGCGCGCCAAGAACAUCGGCGCCUGGCAGCUGGCCUUCGAGCUGCUCUCAGUGAUGUCGUUGCUUAGCAACUGCGGUCUGCUCUUCCUUCAGCCGAAUGUCAAGGACUUCUUCUCUCACUGGCUGCCAUCGGUGCCGGAUCUUUCGUUCGUAAUCUUCGAACACUUGCUGCUGGGCCUGAAGUUUCUCAUCCACAAGGUUAUUCACGAAAGGCCGCGCUGGGUGCGCAUCGGACUGCUAAAGGCGGACUUCGAGACCAGCCAGGCUCUCAAGCAACUCAAAAAAUUCAAGGCGGAGGCCAACAAGAUGGCCUGAUGGGCCACAAGAUCGCCGGAUCUCCCACUCCACUCCUUUUGGUGCUAAUGAAACCAGUCCAUUUUAAAUGUUAUUAUUUAUAAACAUACGACUAAUCGCGUUUACCGCGAAUGUUCGAGACCAACGGAAGUAAGGUGCCUUAAACCUAAAACUCAUAUAAAUAUGUCCACAGAGUACUU